CCACCAGAGAUCCAUGCAUAUGUAUAUUUUGGAUUGAGAUCUUUACUAAAUUUCUACAAUAAAGUUAAAUAUAUCACCUUAAAUGCUGCACAUAGGCGUAAUGGCACGUUUAUUGGACUGUACUCAAGCGAUGUCGAAGAUUACUCCGUUAAGGGAACACAUGCUAGUAACAUCAAUGGAACCCGUAUAAUAGGAGGAAGAGCCAUAAAUAUAAGACGAGUGCCAUGGCAAAUCGCCCUUUACAAUAAUGGAAACUUUGUAUGUGGCGGUUCAUUAAUAAGCUUGGAUUGGGUUUUGACAGCUGCUCAUUGUAUAGCGAAUGGUGGAAGUUUUACUAUGCGGGCAGGUUCAUCAUUCCUAAAUCGAGGUGGUCAGUAUCGAACGGCAAGGAUUGUUGUUAUGCAUCGACUAUACAAUGUCAAUACUUUCGAUAGUGAUAUCGCCAUGAUCCGGGUAAACAGACAUUUUCGAACUAGUCGGUUGGUCAAAACAAUAUCACUGGCGAAAAAUGGAAGGGGUUUGCCAGCAAAAGUCUAUGUAAGCGGUUGGGGUAGUCAAUUCUACCAAGGCCCUGUUCCAAAUCGUAUCCGUGGUGUGACAUUGAAUAAAUAUAGCCGCAGGGAGUGCAGUCAACUUUAUCAAAGUGUUGGUAUUACUAUUACAAGGAAUAUGGUUUGUGCUGGUGGUCCCGGCCGCGAUGCGUGCCAUGGUGAUUCUGGAGGACCCAUGGUUUGGCGAAGGAUUCAGUAUGGAAUUGUCUCAAUGGGACUUCAAUGUACACUACCACCUUCUGUCUACACCAAUGUCAGACAAAUGAAUGGUUGGAUUAGAAGUGUAGUAAAUCGGUGGGGUGGAAGAAAGCCCAGCUUCAGAUGAGAACUAUGGUGAUCGUGAAAAUUUGGAUUAAAGUUGU